AUGAAACAACCUAGAGAAGGGUUGAUUAACCCAAAGAAAAAGGGGGAACAGACCAGUACUCACAGUAUUAGAAUACAAUUGAAAAAUCAGACCAGAGAUACAGAGAGCCGUCCGACCGUCACUAUCACUAAACCCCAACUCCGAGUUCCGGCCAUCGGGGGCAGUAACAAGCUCCGAGCGCGGGAAAAAAAAACAAUAAAAUGGCUGCCGCGAGUGGCGAAAGUCCCGAAAAGGCAGGAGCGUUCGUGUAACUGGCCGCCGCGAAUGGCGAAAAUAAGGCAAGUAAUCGUGCCGGGGAAACAACCAAAAACACACGAAUGCCGUGAACCGGCAAUAGGUUAUUCGUCUGAAACGAGGGAAUGGCGGUCUGACAGGCUAAGAUGGCGCGACAGGACCCAAAAGUCCAUCAGACUUCCCUGCGCCCGAUAA